GAAUUAUUUUUGAAGGCACUGUACCAUUAGUUUGCAUUAUGGACUAGAGCUGUAACUGUAAUGCAAAGGGACAUAGCUAAAUGCUCAGCAUUGUUCUCUACAUUAAAUUAUGUGUCAAAUGUAGUGUACAUUCAUAAUAUCACACAAUCUCACAUGUUAUUUGUAUUUCAUUGAGUCUGUAAGCUGAUCUUUGAUGUCAGAGCAUUAAGCUGUUGGGUAUCAUACAUAUUAGAUUGGGUAUUGGCACUGAAAUCCCUGGAGUAAACAUCAGUUUGGGGGCUCACAGGAUCAGCCUCCCUCUUAAAUCCUACUGGUGUUCUAUUAGACUCCAGUGACAGAUGGGUUACUACUGUGAUUUAAUAUGAACUGAAUUACAAUAGGAACAAACAAAAGGCUGUGGGACAUCAUCAGACCCCCUCCAAAUGCUGUGUCUGUCUGUGUGUUUAUGGUAUUACUAUUUCCUAUCUGUGUUUCACUGGUGUAUUUAUAUUGUAAAUCUAUUAGUGAUCAUGGCUGUACUUACAUUUUUCAAUUUCCUCCUCUUGUUCCUAUUUUGUCCCGGUCUACAGAGGGCUCAUUUCUCGSUUAUCCAUGAAUGACAAUGUCUUGUUGCUAUAAUCAUAAUCAAACAACCAAUCUAUGCAAAAUAUGCUGGUAGAGCACAGACAGCCACUGAUGGUCCACGUGAUUCAUGUUGCCUAAGAAAGUUCCAUUCAUCCUGGUGAAAUACCUGGAGCACUGUGUGAAGGUCUGAGUCAUACAGCAUGAUGAUAACAUGGAAAUGUUUUCUGUUUGCUCAGAUGUUAUACAUUCCUUGUCAUGUUUGCUCACUGCACAAGGAGGUAAAUAGACCAUUUUCCCAGGUUGAGAUUGAAGUUUGUACAUUACAGUAGUACACAUCUUCAGACAUGCCCCAUGGGAAGUAAGGAGCGUCAGUUGCAGAUUUGCUAAAGGGAUGUAAAGUAGUAAGAGAUAUUAGRCUCUCCACAUAAUUCUUGCCAGCAGUAAAUCGCAGGGAAUGAUGUAUUCAGUUUAUUACUUCAGUCCAGUUAGAUCCCAUUGACCGUGUUGAUAGAUAGAAGUAAUUAGGUACAUCAUUUCAUUGUGUAACAUUUAUUCUAUUGUGUAUUCUCUCCCAACAGGAUUGAUCUUGUUUGAUAACUAAAACCUUCAUCGUUUCUAGCUCCUUUUCUCCACCUUGUGGUCAGACUUCAAAGGGAACUCGUUCUUCAAGGAUUACUAGAUCUCCUCAUCUCCUCUGUCAGUUAGACCAGAGUAGUUUUCAGAAAUGGCACAGUAGCUAGUCAGUAUGAUAAAUGGCUGCUUCAAGCAGAUAAGAGCUUCAACUGUCUAACCACUUUUCCUCUUUCCCUUUGUGUGUGUCUGAUCCCAGCAUGGUCGGUGUCAUAAUCACGUUCUGACCAAUCCAGGGUCAGCAUGUUCACAAACAAGGAGCAGUGGGAUCCUGGGGUAUGAGGAGGGGGGUGUUUGCGUGAGGGAUGGGCAGAAUUAGGCUGCUGGGAUUAGUGUCUGAGCUCUCAUUGUCUAGUGAUGGAAGUGGAACUACUAGAAUUGGGGAAUAAUAACAACAUCAAGCAAGAUCUUUUCUACCCAGUUCACUGAAUUAUUUUGUCUGUAUUGGAUGUUGAUCUACCRUGCAUUUUUAGUUCUACUCACUGGGAUAGUUUUGAAUUCCUGUCAUUUCUCUAAGGAUAAGAUCUGUUUUUCUAAAUUUAGGGGGAUUAUAUUACCAUGGUAUCUCAGUAGCCAUGGUGGUGCUUUUGACUCAGAAUGUUUGUCUGCCAGUGCCUUUGCUUUUCAAGAGGAAAGCAGUCCCAAAGCAGGAGGAUGAGGGGACUCACGUCCCUUCACACAUCCAGGAGAAUGUGUUCAUCGAGGGCAGCCGGCCCAAAUACCUGGAGGACCUGCACACUGAGGCCCAGGAGGGACUCAAACUUCAGCAGCAAGAAGAAACAAAUAAUGGGGUGGAUUACCAGGAUGACCAAAGCAUCGCUUCGACAGUGACCCGGCAGCCUGACGAGACUGAGAGUGACAGUUACAGAGAGAGGAGAGGCUCUUUGUCAGACAGCACUAUACUAGACACCAUGUCCCAGGUCUCAACGCGCUCCGCUGUCUCCACACAGUCCUCACGGRCAGGACUGACCCGCCAAGCAUCAACCUUCAGGCCCCUGAAGUCCGAGAAGAAGCCAGAGAAGGCCAAGGCCAGGAGGAGACACAGGAGAACCACAGUUAUGGGGAUACCACAACACAUCCAGAGGGAACUGGGGCUGGAUAGAGCAUCAUGGGCAGCUCGGCAGGUUAUAGACGAGGACGGGCUCCAUAACGGGGAGAGCCUGGACAUCCACACCAUCGAUGGGCCUCACCUAGCUGAUUCCCAAGAGGGGGUGAGGAUAUAUCUCCAGUCUGUAAAAGGCCUGCAGCCCGUCAGUGAGGACCAGGUUCAGAAGUUCCCCUCCCGGGCCGGUCACACGGAUGACCUGGCUCUCCUCCAGCGCAUGGGCCCCCAGCUGUGCGGCCUGAAGAGGCCCAAUUCCCUGGCCGUCCCCUGGAUGACCACGGCGUCCGGCCUGCUGCACCAUCCCCCCAGCCCCGUCAUGUCCAUGUCCCCCCAGGCCACCUACAUGUCUAAGAUCAUCCCCAAUGCCGUGCUGCCACCCUCCAUCGACGUGGUGGAGAUUAGCCAUAACCGCAGCCGGAGCAGUGUCCGUACCGUCAGUAAGAGCAGACUGCUGCUGGCCAGCCCUGCCUCCUCCAGAGCCUCCUCCCGCGCCUCUGCCAGGUCCUCCACCUCCCAAUACAACCCACCACACUUCUCUGACAGCUCUGGAUGGAGCCACUCUGAGUCCUCUGAGACCCUGGUGUCUGACUCCUCCACCGUCUCCUCCAACAGCACCACCAGACAGGGGGGGGAUGGGGAGGGCUCAUCCAGGGAAAUGGCCCUGGACAGAGAGAGUAUCCACUCCUCUGUCAGUAAGGCCUCCAGGACCUCAACCAUCAAAGGCAAGGGGAAAGCCAGAGGGGAUGAUGGCAAACAGGAGGGGCCCUUCAUCCGGAGCCUAUCUGUGAUGAAGUCCAAGAGGGCACCGGCCCCACCCAGCCGCUCCUACUCCUUACACAAGGACAAGAUGAAGCGGCGCUCGCGGGACCUGACUGACAUCAGGGUGGCUGCCCUUCCCCAAAGCAGCCCAGUCCGUGGUGGGGAGGCUAAGGCUGUCAGUGCUGGGGAGACCGGCUCUUCUCCCAUGCCCUCCAGUAACAAAAGUAGCCCUGGAUACACAGCAGACACCAGCUCUCUGGAUGAGUCCUCGGGCUCUGUGACCACCACCUCCUUUAACACCCGACAGCAGGCAGCCAGGGAAGAGGAGAGAAAUGAGCAGCCAGGCUCGACUGGCUUCUCUCCCCAGAAACAGACCCCCCAGGAAAACAUCCUGAAGAAGACUGUUUCCCCCUCRAGCGGCUACCCCAGCCCAGGUGGCAUGCCCACCCUCCCCUCCGAACAGACCCAUAACUCAUCCCCAGGAAACAAGAGGGGCAUCCUGGCCAAAUUAGCAAGCAUUUUCCCCAAGGCACCAUCCCCAUCACCUGUUAUUCAGCCACAGGCCUCUGACAACAGUAAGACGCCUCGUCCAUCCCCUCCAGUCGACACUGUAACUUCCUCACCUUCAGUCAUGGCACUCAGAGAGCUGUUCAACAUCCCUCCCCCACCCAAAGUGUGUGCCCCCUCUCCUCCUCCCCCGGAGGUAUGGGCACACAACAAGCGCACUUUUGAACUGCUGCUAGGUCCCCCYGCCCCCAACAACACGGAUACGGUGGUGCGAAAGAACCCAAAGGAUCGACGACAGCAGAUGCAGUCUCCUUCCACAUCAAGAGAGGCUUCUGUUAAGAAUGUGUCACCUGAGAGGAGAGGUGAGGAGUCUGCACCAGAGCAGGAGGKAGGAGGUGUGCUAGAGAGGGUCACUGAGCCUCUGUCUAAAGAGCAGACCGGUAAUCCAACAGCACUAACAUCUGUGUCAGGAAGGGGUCAGGAGAGUCCAAAGGUCCAGGAAAAAGAUGGGUUGAGUUCAGUGGUUAUAGAAGUGGGAGAUAAAGGACCGACUCAAAUAGAGCCUUCUGAAGGUAUGAAAAGGAAUAGUGAAGUGGCACAGAAAGUUGAACAAGAGAGGGUACAAGGAAGUCAGUUGGUGGUUGAACCAGAGAAGGUCAAGGUUAGUCAGAUGAUAGGUAAACUAGAGAAGGUCCAGGCAAGUCGGUUGGUAAAUGAAAAGUCAGUGAACGCCUCAGUCGCUCCAGGAAGGGGCCUAGGAAAAGUAAAGCCAGAAAUACAGACUCCUGCUACAGAGAAAAGGACUGAAUCUCAACUUAAAAUGGACACGUUGUCUAUGCUUAGCCCUGCUCUAGCACGCGUCUCGCCAUCUCCUUCUCCUCCCCCAGCACACUAUCCUCCCCUUCCCCCUUCCAAACAGACCACGCCAGUGACCAUACUUGGGGUCCCCUCAGAUUCUACACCCGCUCCAGAGCUCCCACUAGUCUACCCCACUGAGGAAUCCUUCUGGCCUCCUCCCCCACCUCCCAUGGACUUGGCCACCCCUGGCGAUGAGCUUGACCUCCCUCUUCCCCCACCACCCAGUGGUUGUGAGGAGGGGGUUAUGACAGAACCUGUGCCCCCUGUUUCAGAGGGGACAGUGGGUGCUCCAAACCCUGCCCGACCUGCACCUCAAGAAGUUUCAUCUGUACCCCAGGGAAUACCGCAACCCAGUCCAGGGAUCACUGAGUGCCAGAACCAAGAGACGUCCCUCAGCAAGAGUUCUCCCACUCCCCCAGAGGAGGCCCCCACUCCUGUGGUCACCCCCUCCCUUCUGCAGAUGGUCAAGCUGAGGUCUGUCAAUAAUGGUAACCAGGGUCUGAAAAAGGACCAGAGUCAGGGACAAAACCAUACAGAGGUCACUUUGAGGGCCAAACAACCCAGUAACGGGGAGGCUCCCCAGAAGCCUAUUCGAAGGUCUCUGAUCAUGACAGCUCCCCCUCCCACUGUCACAUCCCCACCUACUACUGUUGUCUCACAACUUUCCACAGCCACUGUCCCAGAGGCAGCCCUAACCUCAGCCACUGUCCCAGAGGCAGCCCUAACCUCAGCCCCAACCACAACCAAGUUCCAGCCCAGCAUUGUUAAUUUACCCUCAAAGUCAUCUACUGUCACCUCUCCUACAAGUAAGUCUCCUCCUGCCUCAGCCACCAUGAGGAUGCAGGAGGCCAUUCGCUUGAGGACAGAGACCAGAAGUAAAGAGGGGCCUCCCUCUCAUCUCAGCCUGCACUCCCCAACUUCACCAACAGGUCUCAAGUUCCCCUCAUCUACCGCCAGUUUCAUCCCCUCAUCUACCGCCAGUUUCAUCUUCGCCAAGAGCACAAAGAAGGUUGUCAUAGAGACCCUCUCAACCCCUGAGGUCCAGGCAAAUCUCACAAAGAACCUGGUGGCUGAGCUUUCAUCUAUGUCCAAUCCAGCCAAGUCCACAGAAACACAGAAGGAGGUGGCAGUCAAGGUGCCACCACCUGUGGCAAGGAAACCCAGGCUUAAGGUGACAGAUGCAGAGCCCAGUGUGGAGACUGAGCAUGUGCAAACUGCGGGACAGGAAGCACAGCCAGCAGACAACACUGAGGGUGCUCCAGAGGCUCCAAACGGGACAGCAGUUAGUUUUGAAGUGUCACCACCAUCAUCAUCCACAUGAGCAACACUGCCACUUGGCAAGGACUAAUCAUUCACAAAGACAGACUGACUUUUACCUGUAAAUUGAGAAGACCCAAUGUGUCAAACAGCAUAUGUCAAUCACAAUCUGCAAGAGGGAGAGAGAUGGAUCAAGGGGUGAGUGGAUGAGAACUACAGAGUCUUCUGAAGACAAGGCAACAGGACAUAGCUAAAUGUUGCCCUCUCAACAACAACAAAAACAAUCCUUUGAGUUUAUAUGAAAAUGGUGUUGGUCUUUAAUUUCUCUAAUACUAUUUUUCUAUUUUAGAGUAUUUUUCUUUGCCAGAAGGACUUCUUACUGGUCUGAUUAACAAUAGACAGCCAUGGACAGCAUGCUGGUCUAGGUACAAGUCUAGGUUGCCCUCUAGUGUCAACUAUGGAAUGUWACAGCUACUGCUGUUUGGUACACAAAACAAUGAGUUUUAUAAUCCACUUGUCUGGAUUAUAUACCAGAAUGUUGUAUUUUUAUAUAUUCAUAUCAUUCAUUAUAAGAUCAUGCACUAUUAAAUUGUGUUAAGUUCCCAUUUCAUCCUUCAUGUUUUUGCAUGAAACAUUAUUUACCUAAGAUCCUUUUCCUGUAGACAUCUUCCAUUACAUUUUGGGAGAAAAAAUAAUUAUUUWGUUUUUUUGUUUUGUUCUACGUUUCAAUAUAUGUCAAUAUUUUAUGAAGUCAUCUGAUGUCAUCAUAUMUCCUUAUCUUCCUUGCAACUAAAAUGAUGUCAUCAGAACUGGAUGAUGUCAAUUGUUCUGAGGAUGAGAAUCAUAUUCAUGCUGAGAAUCCCAAUUCACAUGUUCAUGUUUUGUUUCUCUGUUGUUGAUAUGAAUGUUCAUAGACUUGUACUGGAAGCUCACCUUGUGUGUAAAUCAAAUCUCAGUCUUUCACUAGGAGUAUUGGGGCAAAUAGGUAUUACUUGUCCCUCAGAUUUAGAUACAUUUCCUUUCAACCAGAUAGGAGCUAUAUUAUACAUUGCAUUUAUGUUGCUAAAUUGUCCAGAAAUUGGGAUAUUCCUCAACUGAAUGAAAUCUGCUUUGGAAGUACUAAAUACUGUUCAAAGUGAUUUCAAUGAUAAAUGAUUAAGUAUAGUUUCACUUAUUUCAAUAUAACCGAAUAAAUUGAUUUAUUCACAAUGAAUGAAUUUAGCCAUAUCAUUAUUUCUACCCUGCUUCUGAAACAUUUUGAGAAAAGUUCUGUCAAUAUUUUAUCAGUCAGUUAGAUCCAUUUAUGUGACACACACACACACUUCCUGCUCUCAGGUUUCCAACAGGUUUGUACCUUUUCCGUCUUAUCAGGAUGUUGAAACUUCACAUUCACACACACGUCUGGUUUUCCAGUGUCCAUCUUAGACACAUCUGUUGUUGACAGUCAUAAUUUAGACUAAUUAUAAAAUAGAUAUGUAAUGCAUAUUUUAAUAUUGUUAUUAUUUAGAUUUUACAUAAUAUAUUGUUUAUAUUUGAAUGUUUGUUUAUUCUGUCUCCUGGGUAAUGUGUCAAACCUUGACAGAGGUAACAAAAUAAUCUGUUAUUUUAAACCAGAUGUUUAUUGUAUUAUGGUUGCUGAGCUGCUAUAUAAACUCUUAUUAGAGGGCAUGUCUGAGAGAAUCCAUGGGGAAUAAGGGAUUGAAUUUAUGUGAGCGGAUGGAUCUCUGUUGGGGCUUAACUAAAUGCCUUAAUAUGAAUUGGGGUGGAUCUUGAUUUACAAUGACAAAUGAAUAAGCAGGUCAUAGAAUAACUUCAAAGUUUAUUUGGCAACGUCCUUGUGUCACUGACGUUGUGUGUCAUUUGGCGGACUCUAGCUUGUCACAGGCUUUCACCUCAUCGAGAGGGAAGCCAGGGCUAGGCGGAGUCAGUAACAAAGAGUUACAGUAAGUGCAUAGAGUAUCAGUAGGUCAUUCAUUCCUCAGCAUAAACUGUAAAACACCAGUGCCUGGACUGCUGCUGAUUCACUGAAGGACUUGUUUUAUUGUGUAGCAUUGCUGGUUGAAUAAAGUCAACUCUGUCAUGAACUGGA